AGUGUGUCGGAGCUCCGAGAGGGAGGCGCACAGGAGGGAGAGAAGGAGGAGGGGAGGAGAAAGACAGAAUGGACAAAAGUUGAGUGGAGGAAUGUGAGUUUGUCUGAAGGGGGAAUAAAGGCGUCCUGAUGGGAGUUUUGAAGGCAAAAGGAAACUCUGACAUAAAAAAAACGCGUCGUGAUUCCAAAAAUAACACAACUGUGGUUGGGAAACUCUGAAGCGCUUUUUUUUUUUGGCUUUAGGUGCUCCAGCAGCCUUUUUCACGUUCGGGAUUAUACUAAAAAAAUUUGAGCUUAAAGAAGGGGGAAAAGGAACUUAAACUUUUUGCCAAGGAGUCUGUUUUUGCCCAAGAAGAAUCGCUCAUCUGUGGAAAGUCGAGGCGCAGUCUGAGCUCUCUUAAGCACCGAGCGAUGCGUUGAUGAUGAGAUCCGUCUCUGAUUCACACACGAGUCCGACACCGAACCGGAGCACGAAACCGAGCGCAACAAUGAGCGGGUCGAGCUUUCUCGCUCUGUUUCUCACGACACUGAUGCGCCUCGGCUGCGCGGAGCUGCUGUCAGGGUUACAUUUCGUGGAGAGCCCUAAGAACGUGACAUCCUCUCUUGGGAAGCCAGUGGCUGUCCAGUGCGUCCUGCGAGCGGACGGCGAGGGCCAGGGGCCGCUGGAUGUGCUCUGGCUGAAGGAGGGACAGCAGCUGGAGUUUGCCGACACCAACCAGAUGCAGUUACCCGAAGAUGAGAACGGCUGGCUGGUUAUUAGUGAACUCAAGAUAGAGGAGGUGCAGCUCUCAGAUAUGGGCUCCUAUCAGUGUGCGGUGUCCUCUGGUGAAGAGGAGAUAUUAUCCGUGGAGGGAUACAUUGAACUAGAAGGUCUCCCGCAUUUCUCAGUAGAGCCUCAGGAUUUGUCAGUCGUGGCUAACGAAGAGCUGAGUCUGCGCUGUGUGGCUCACGGUCCUCCUGAUCCUGUGCGGGUCAUCUGGCUUCAGGACGGAGCUCCUCUCAAUAACCUGAAGGACCCCAUAUCCCUGUCGCCCUCAACACUCAACAUCUCAGGUUUGAAUAAAACCAGCUCUUUCUCCUGUGAAGCGCACAAUCGUAAAGGCGUGGCGUCGUCUGGCACAGGUGUGGUGACCGUUCUUCCUUCCCAGCCCCAUGACAUUAAAGCUGAAGAAAUCACAAAUUCAAGUAUCCGUCUGUCUUGGCACAUGGGCUUUGGAGGAAUCUAUCCCAUCAGCCACUGCAUCGUUCAGGUUAAAGCUUCUGGUGAAGACUCUGAUGAGUUCAUCUCCAGUCAGACAGUCAGCGCGCCGGUCACCAGCCGUCUGAUCUCGGGUCUGGAGGCCUUCAGCCACUAUGAUCUCAGACUGGCCUGCCGGAGCAGCGAGGGCAUCUCCAACUGGACGGUCUGGAUGAGUGUCAGCACCAGUGAAGGAGUUCCGGAGUCGGCCCCAGACAAUGUGACAGCUGUGGUGAACGGAACAGAAGUGGUCCUGAGAUGGUCAGAACCUCCCGGAAAGAUGAAGGGACAGCUGCAGGGAUACAUGAUGGAGUACAGCGCACCUAACAUGGAACAGGUUGUGGUGGACACAGGUUUGGACACAGAGCUGUUUGUCAAUCUCUCAGGCCCCCUGUCGAAUGUUUCCUUCAGAGUGUGUGCGUACACCGGAGCGGGACAGGGGCCCUGGACGCCCCUCCAAACCAUCACGCUCAUCCCUGCAGAAACAGGACAAUCCAGAGGUAUCUCGAGUCCUCCGGCGUUCUCCUGGCACUGGUGGUAUGUGGUCAUGGCCAUCGCUGCCACUGUAGCUCUAGCGGUGCUCUUGGCUGUGUACGUGACCAGGCUGAGGCGGAAGGAGACACGCUUUGGUGAGGCGUUUGAGCCCAUGAUGGAGAGCGGUGAACUCGUCGUUCGAUACCGAGCUCGUCGAACGUACAGCCGACGCACAGCAGAAGCCACACUGAACUCUCUGGGGAUCAGUGAUGAGCUCAAGCAGAAGCUACAGGACGUGAUGGUGGACAGACACAAGCUAACGCUGGGAAAAACACUCGGGGAAGGUGAGUUCGGCUCGGUCAUGGAGGGUUCGCUCACUCAGGAGGACUCUGUGCUCAAAGUGGCAGUGAAGACCAUGAAAAUCGCUAUCUGCACUCGCACUGAAAUGGAAGAUUUCCUGAGAGAGGCGGCGUGCAUGAAGGAGUUCGAUCAUCAGAACGUCAUGCGGCUUCUAGGUGUGUGUCUGCAGACGGUGGAGAGUGAAGGCUAUCCGUCUCCUGUGGUCAUCCUUCCCUACAUGAAGCACGGCGACCUCCACAGCUACCUGCUGUACUCCAGACUCGGAGACGCGCCCGUGUAUCUGCCCUCUCAAAUGCUGGUGAAGUUCAUGACAGAUAUCGCCAGAGGAAUGGAGUACCUGAGCGGAAAAAACUUCAUCCACAGAGACCUGGCAGCUCGAAACUGCAUGUUAAAUGAGAACAUGAAUGUGUGCGUGGCGGACUUUGGCUUGUCUAAGAAGAUCUAUAAUGGAGACUACUACAGACAAGGGCGCAUCUCUAAGAUGCCUGUCAAGUGGAUCGCCAUCGAGAGUCUGGCGGACAGAGUGUACACCACUAAGAGUGACGUGUGGUCAUUUGGAGUGACAAUGUGGGAGAUCGCCACUCGAGGUCAGACACCAUACCCUGGAGUGGAAAACAGUGAAAUCUAUGAUUAUCUGAGGCAGGGGAACCGUCUGAAACAGCCUCCAGACUGCCUGGACAGUAUCUAUUCCCUGAUGUUCUCCUGCUGGCUGUUGAGCCCGAAGGACAGGCCGAGCUUCGAGAUCUUGCGCUGCGAACUCGAGAAGGUCCUGGAAGAUCUUCCGAGCCAAGACCCAGAUGAAAUACUCUAUGUCAAUAUGGAGGAGACCUCCGGAGAGCUUGGGGCCGUGGGGGGCCGUGAUCCCAUAAUGGGGGUCCCGUGUGCUCUCGGGGCCCUGAAGGGUUCGGGCUCAGUGGCCACCGUGGAAGUGCACCACCCCAGCCGCUACGUGAUCUGCCCCCAGCAUGAGAACCAGCGCCUCCUCAGUGCCGACUCCAUGGAGAGUCUGAGCCUGACGGGGCCCGUGCCCACCCCGCUGCUCCAGCCCUCGUCCUGCUCCACCCCAGUGCCACCCUCUGAAGGACCGUCCCCGGAGGACAGAGACGAGAGGAAGAGAGCGCUGUGGCAGUGACGACGCUGUCAUGGCUGAAAGGGACCUAUACUGCCUCUUGUGGAGAGCUGAGCUAUUGCUCCUGCCCCAUCAUUUUGCACAGACACGCCACACACUCCAUCAGACAUUCAGUCAGUUAUGUCUUUGUUUAUGCUUUUCAGACAAAUGUUUCCUUUUCAUUCCAAAUUGUCCUUUAUGUUCAGUGUGGGAAUCAUGAGAAAUCAAAUUGAUCGUAGUUUCUAUAGUUACACUCAGUCAUGACCAGAAACAAUGUACUAAU